UUUUUAUUUUGCAUAGAUAUAAUAAAUGCUUGUACUAAGCAGUCCCAAUCUUUGACCUUCCUUUGAUAUUCGUAUCACCAUUCUCUUUACUUAUUUAAUUCUUUUUAAUUUGUUUUUACCUUCAAAAAACACUAAAAAGUGCCGAUACGAUAAUCAUCCGCAAAUGACUUCGUACUCGAUGAAAAUGGACCCCAGCGCGUGCGGUAUCUGGGGGGGGAAAGAGGCGUGGAAAUAUUAAAAAAAAAAACAGCAAACAACACCUUCCUUCAUCUGAUGGAUUUAUUUCAAGAUAAACCAUUAUCGAUUCAAGACAAUCCGAGACCACUUACUGCAAAUCAGAAUGUUCAUGACUCAUUGAACGUUCCAUCAUCGACUCAAGCUGAUCCAGAACCCCUAAAUGACUCAUCCCUUCAAGCAAGAAAACGUAGUUCAGAAAAGACACUCCGACCUCCGACCGCGAAAGACAGGGUUGCACUCACACACUUGCAACUUUUUGUAUAUGAACACAAAGUCGAAGGAGAAAUCGUGGUGAAAAAACCAAUACAUAUAAAAUCAGCUCCGCGGUGAUUCUAAUUUACAUACUAAUUUGAGCCGCCUUCGGACCAGUUUCUGCCUCGAAGUCGGACUCAGCUCCGCCUGAGGCGGAGCGGAUUCGGACCGAGGUCAGACUUGUUUGCUUCCCUUUAAGCAAAAAAGUUGUAAGUUUGUGAGUGCAACUCGCGUUUUGAGAUCGGAGUGUCUUUGCUGAGCUCCGUUUUCUUACUUGAAGGGUGGGAGAGACGUACGAAAGUGUCCCGUCUUGGUAUAGUUUGUCGAUGGAUAAAAUGAUAAAAGUUAGGACAGUAUUUAUUUUGCUUGAUUGAUGUAAAUUAAUAUUAAGAUUUUAAAACAACUACUCUGCUAGCGAGUAAACAUUUGCAAUAAAUAUUUUUUCCGUUUAAUUAUUGUAUUUGAAAAGAAUAAAAUCAAAAUAUUUAGAAACAAAUUGAUGAAAUGUUAAGAAUUAGACUUAAACGAGUUCAUGCCAGAAAGGAGUGGACUUGUUGUUUUGGAUUACAUGUUCAUACCGUCACAAUACUCAUUGGUCUAUGGCACCUGGUGAGGUUAUUUUAUCAAUUUUUAAACUUAUAUACUAUACAAAAUUGAAUACAUUUUUAUUCAUUAAAUGACCACUUCCUUAAUAAGUAGGGCCAUAUUGUGACUCGCGAGUCGAACGGUCGACUCAAGUUCAACGAUCAUGCCGUGGUAUUACGAUGAGAAACUUGGACGUUCUCCUCUUUUUGCAGCCAAAAUAAAGUAAAUGAUAGCCGUAAGCCGUGUUUUAAUGUUCUUGUUUAUUUUUACACUAAUCUGUAAACAAUGUGUUAAUUCACGCGACCAUCAGAGGCGUACGUUGAGUUGCCGAGGCCCCGAGACAAUAUUAAUUUUAAGGGGCCAUUUCGAUAUCGACAUUUUUUUAAAAAGGAUAUGUAUACGCCUUUCUCUUUUUUUGGGGCCCAGAAGUAUUAUUUGUUGGUCGCUUAGAUUACACUGGUCAACAAAAUUAAACUUUUUUUUUUGUCACAAGAACCAAGAUAUACUUUUCUAGAGGUUUUUGAUGUGCUGAACUCUAAUCUGUCAGAAAAAUUUGAUUGGCCUCCGUUUUUGAGAUAUUACCGUUUUAAAAUGCUAAAAAACGUCAUUUUGGCUGUUUUCGAGCUUCUGUUUUUAUGUGGGGUAAUUUAUUACAAGCAAAUUUUUUUAACAACCGUUAUAAACAAAAACUUUUUUUGCAUUUAAUAUCGGAAAUAUUUCAAGAACAGAGGCCAAUAGAUUUUUUCUGAUUCCGGAUUCGAGUUCAGCAACCCAAAAACCUCUAGAAAAGUAUAUUUUGGUUCUUGUGAUAAAAAAAGUUUAAUUUGGUUGGCCAGUGCUGUUUCUGAGUCAAAGACCACUCCUUAAAUUUUAAAUAUUUCGGGCAGUAAUAGAGAUAUCGGAAAGAUUAAAACAUUUUUGGUUCUUAUAGGCACAGUUACAAUUUUUUUCAUAAUGAACUACCCCACAUAAAAACAUAACCUCGAAAACAGCCAAAAUUACGUUUUUCGGCAUUUUCUAACGGUAAUAUUUCAAAAACGGAGGCCAAUAAAAAUUUUCUGACUUCAGAUUCGAGUUCAGCACAUCAAAAACAUAUAGAAAAGUAUAUUUUGGUUCUUGUGGCAAAAACCUUGUUGACCAGUGUUACUUUCGUGUUAUUUUUUUUUUGAUUUAAGGUCGAGUUCUUAAUUUAAAAUUUUUUUCACAUUCAAGUGCUUGGCAGACCGUUUUUGCCACGGCUGACUAGACUUUUUUUUUGCAGUAACAUGCCUGGGGAUGUCCUUAAACAUAUUUCAUAUGAGUGAAUACUAAGCAAUGACCUGCAAUAGUUUGUAAUUUUUUACACCUUCAUGACAAUUUUUUUACAUGUUCGCCACAUAUACGGCCGCGGUUUUUUAUAUAACUCGGUGAAGACUAUAAAUUGGUAUGACUCUGAAUACUAAGCAAUUACCUGCAAACUUUAUUUCGCUGGACACAACCAAAAAAGUAAAAAAACUAAAAAAAUUGAUUUUUUUUGAUUUUUUUUUGUUUGUUUUGACUGUUUUGGUAAGGAAAUUUUUUUUAUCAAUUUUUAAAAAACAUUAUUAUUAUAGGAAAUUUAAUUCUCUACAAAAUUUAUUAAGAACAAUAUCUCAAAAUUAUGCUUUGUUUACGAGAUAUAUUGAAAAAACCAAAAAGGGGGCUUUUGCACCCCUUUCUCCAGUUCGAACCCUCUCAUUUAAUAGAACUCCGCGGUUUUAUCUUUUUUAUAACCCAUUGAACGAUUCCUGCAAUAAAAAACGUGAACAUCUUACUUCCUUUCUGAAAGACAUAAUUAAUAGUCGUAAUUUUGGCGUUGGUGAAAAAAUAGAAGGUUUGGUAAUUUUCAGUUUUCUCAAAAAGUAAAAGAGAUUUUGACUUCUAGUUUUCGGUGUUUGACUCAAAAUAUACAAAAGAAAUUAAAAUAAAAAAAAAAUAAUACUUUAUUGGGUAUAUUUUUUGAACUGUUUGAACUUUUUUUGAAUUUUUUUUCAAAAUUUUGUGUUUGAAAAUUUUUUUUUCAAAAACUAUUGACCAAAAAAAAUGUAUUUAAAAAUCAGCAAGUAGUUUGAGUUUUAAUCUUUAAAAAAAGCUAUCGUUUAUUUUCGUAGGAUUUUCUGUUGUCCUAAAAUAAUUUUUUUUUGAUUUAAGGUCGAUUUCCAAAUUUUAAUUUUUUUUCACCUUCAUGACAAAUUUUACACAUGUUCGCCACGUAUACGGCCAGGCAGACCAGCGGUUUCUUAUAUAAGUCGGUGAAGACUAUAAAUUGGUAUGACUCUGAAUACUAAGCAAUUACCUGCAAACUUUAGGUCGCUGGCUCUCGGUCUAUAAUAUUUUUUCUACUUUAUUUAUAAUAACAGUUUUCUUCUCUGCAUUGUCUCCAGUCAGGGCCCUAGCGUCAGUUGGGGCCCCAAGGCACCGCCCCGCUUGGCCCAAUGGUGUGCACGCUUAUGGCGACCAUUAUUGAGAUGCUUGUGAGUUCCGUUCAGAGCUCUGGACGUUAGAAAAAUUGAUUCUAUUUGAUUAGAAUUGAUGGUAUUUAUAUAUAAAUAAAAACAAAAAUCGUAUUAAGAAAAUAUGUUUCAUUUUGUUGAUAAAUUUGUCUGUUUUGUGGUACCUAAAAAUUAAAUUCAACUUAGGUUUUUGGGUUUUAAACACAUAAGACAUAUAUAUUUUGUUCUUUAGAUACAGUAGAACGUAUUUAUGUCCAACAAAAAUACAUCGCGAAAACAUCGAUGUAUCGAAGAUAGAACCGAUGUUUUUUUAACAUCGAUGUUGUAAAUAAAACAUCGAUGUAUUCAAACUCGAUGUUUUUUUAACGAUGUUGCAUCCCUAACUGAAAAACGAAGGCACCCUUCAAGCAAGAAAACUGAGUUCAACAAAGAAACUCCGACCUCAGACCGCGAAAAUCGGGCUUGCACUCACACACUUGCAACUUUUUGUGUAUGAACACAAAGUCUAAGAGAAUCGUGGUGAAAACUGAGAAAAAGAAAAAAAAAGUAGACAGACAUAGCCAACAACAGCAAAAGCGUCAUUUUGUUAUUUUUUGUUGAAGUGUUUGGUCGCGUCGUGUCUCGUGUCGUUGUUUGUAUAAUGUUAGUUUAUUAAUUAUAAACAAUUUUAUUAAAUUAUAAACAAUAUGGAAAAAAACUCCUAGUCUGUAUGAUUAUAAGAUAUCUCAUCACACUUUACUCCGUGUGCAUAGCUUUAAAGACUUUGGUGUUAACUUUAACUCCAAUCUCGAUUUCACAGAGCACAUAAACCUGAUUGUAAACAAGGCCAAUUCUAUGUUAGGUUUUGUCAAGCGUUGGUCGAAAGAGUUUAGGGACCCUUACGUUACAUUAGCUCUUUACAACUGCUUAGUUCGCCCCCACUUAGAAUACGCAUCUCAAGUUUGGACACCUUUUUACAGCAUCCAUAUAGAAAGAAUAGAAUCAGUCCAACGUAAUUUUAUUCGUUUUGCCUUAAAAGGCUUACCAUGGACGGACCCUUUUAACCUUCCUUCCUAUGAGCAUCGAAUCAACCUACUGCAGAUCCAAACCCUGUCUCAAAGGAGAGUAAAUAACGACCUUGUAUUUAUUCAUCAACUUAUAACGGGUGUAAUUGAUGGCCCGGAUCUGCUUAAUUCUAUUAAUUUUAACUACCGGAGAGGUGCUUAUAACUUUCGUAGCUUAGAUUUAAUAAAAUUACCCCAACACCGUACUAAUUAUGGUAUGCAUGAGCCCUUAACUCGCAUGUGUAAGCUUGUAAAUUUGAAUACUAAUCUGUUUGAUUUUAAUAUUAAUAAAACUAGUCUGAAAAAAAUACUAAAAACCAGUGUACCACGCUCAUAAACUUUUUUUGUAUUUAUGUUUAAUGUUUACUGAUUCUUUUCUCAUUUAAUGUCUAUAUCUAUAUACCUAAUUUUAUGUACAUAUGUAUACUGAGUUAUUUUUUUCUCAACACUCUUGACUAUUAAAACAUUUUUGUUUUAAAAUUUUGACACUUUCUGAAAAUUAAACAUGAAAUAUUAAAUUUAUUUUUUUUUUGUUAACUUAAAAUUUUUUUUUAUUUUGUAUAGAUAUAAUAAAUGCUUGUACUAAGCAGUCCCAAUCUUUGACCUUCCUUUGAUAUUCGUAUCACCAUUCUCUUUACUUAUUUAAUUCUUUUUAAUUUGUUUUUACCUUCAAAAAACACUAAAAAGUGCCGAUACGAUAAUCAUCCGCAAAUGACUUCGUACUCGAUGAAAAUGGACCCCAGCGCGUGCGGUAUCUGGGGGGGGAAAGAGGCGUGGAAAUAUUAAAAAAAAAACCAGCAAACAACACCUUCCUUCAUCUGAUGGAUUUAUUUCAAGAUAAACCAUUAUCGAUUCAAGACAAUCCGAGACCACUUACUGAAAAUCAGAAUGUUCAUGACUCAUUGAACGUUCCAUCAUCGACUCAAGCUGAUCCAGAACCCCUAAAUGACUCAUCCCUUCAAGCAAGAAAACGUAGUUCAGAAAAGACACUCCGACCUCCGACCGCGAAAGACAGGGUUGCACUCACACACUUGCAACUUUUUGUAUAUGAACACAAAGUCGAAGGAGAAAUCGUGGUGAAAAAACCAAUACAUAUAAAAUCAGCUCCGCGGUGAUUCUAAUUUACAUACUAAUUUGAGCCGCCUUCGGACCAGUUUCUGCCUCGAAGUCGGACUCAGCUCCGCCUGAGGCGGAGCGGAUUCGGACCGAGGUCAGACUUGUUUGCUUCCCUUUAAGCAAAAAAGUUGUAAGUUUGUGAGUGCAACUCGCGUUUUGAGAUCGGAGUGUCUUUGCUGAGCUCCGUUUUCUUGCUUGAAGGGUGGGAGAGACGUACGAAAGUGUCCCGUCUUGGUAUAGUUUGUCGAUGGAUAAAAUGAUAAAAGUUAGGACAGUAUUUAUUUUGCUUGAUUGAUGUAAAUUAAUAUUAAGAUUUUAAAACAACUACUCUGCUAGCGAGUAAACAUUUGCAAUAAAUAUUUUUUCCGUUUAAUUAUUGUAUUUGAAAAGAAUAAAAUCAAAAUAUUUAGAAACAAAUUGAUGAAAUGUUAAGAAUUAGACUUAAACGAGUUCAUGCCAGAAAGGAGUGGACUUGUUGUUUUGGAUUACAUGUUCAUACCGUCACAAUACUCAUUGGUCUAUGGCACCUGGUGAGGUUAUUUUAUCAAUUUUUAAACUUAUAUACUAUACGAAAUUGAAUACAUUUUUAUUCAUUAAAUGACCACUUCCUUAAUAAGUAGGGCCAUAUUGUGACUCGCGAGUCGAACGGUCGACUCAAGUUCAACGAUCAUGCCGUGGUAUUACGAUGAGAAACUUGGACGUUCUCCUCUUUUUGCAGCCAAAAUAAAGUAAAUGAUAGCCGUAAGCCGUGUUUUAAUGUUCUUGUUUAUUUUUACACUAAUCUGUAAACAAUGUGUUAAUUCACGCGACCAUCAGAGGCGUACGUUGAGUUGCCGAGGCCCCGAGACAAUAUUAAUUUUAAGGGGCCAUUUCGAUAUCGACAUUUUUUUAAAAAGGAUAUGUAUACGCCUUUCUCUUUUUUUGGGGCCCAGAAGUAUUAUUUGUUGGUCGCUUAGAUUACACUGGUCAACAAAAUUAAACUUUUUUUUUUUGUCACAAGAACCAAGAUAUACUUUUCUAGAGGUUUUUGAUGUGCUGAACUCUAAUCUGUCAGAAAAAUUUGAUUGGCCUCCGUUUUUGAGAUAUUACCGUUUUAAAAUGCUAAAAAACGUCAUUUUGGCUGUUUUCGAGCUUCUGUUUUUAUGUGGGGUAAUUUAUUACAAGCAAAUUUUUUUAACAACCGUUAUAAACAAAAACUUUUUUUGCAUUUAAUAUCGGAAAUAUUUCAAGAACAGAGGCCAAUAGAUUUUUUCUGAUUCCGGAUUCGAGUUCAGCAACCCAAAAACCUCUAGAAAAGUAUAUUUUGGUUCUUGUGAUAAAAAAAGUUUAAUUUGGUUGGCCAGUGCUGUUUCUGAGUCAAAGACCACUCCUUAAAUUUUAAAUAUUUCGGGCAGUAAUAGAGAUAUCGGAAAGAUUAAAACAUUUUUGGUUCUUAUAGGCACAGUUACAAUUUUUUUCAUAAUGAACUACCCCACAUAAAAACAUAACCUCGAAAACAGCCAAAAUUACGUUUUUCGGCAUUUUCUAACGGUAAUAUUUCAAAAACGGAGGCCAAUAAAAAUUUUCUGACUUCAGAUUCGAGUUCAGCACAUCAAAAACAUAUAGAAAAGUAUAUUUUGGUUCUUGUGGCAAAAACCUUGUUGACCAGUGUUACUUUCGUGUUAUUUUUUUUUUGAUUUAAGGUCGAGUUCUUAAUUUAAAAUUUUUUUCACAUUCAAGUGCUUGGCAGACCGUUUUUGCCACGGCUGACUAGACUUUUUUUUUGCAGUAACAUGCCUGGGGAUGUCCUUAAACAUAUUUCAUAUGAGUGAAUACUAAGCAAUGACCUGCAAUAGUUUGUAAUUUUUUACACCUUCAUGACAAUUUUUUUACAUGUUCGCCACAUAUACGGCCGCGGUUUUUUAUAUAACUCGGUGAAGACUAUAAAUUGGUAUGACUCUGAAUACUAAGCAAUUACCUGCAAACUUUAUUUCGCUGGACACAACCAAAAAAGUAAAAAAACUAAAAAAAUUGAUUUUUUUUGAUUUUUUUUUGUUUGUUUUGACUGUUUUGGUAAGGAAAUUUUUUUUAUCAAUUUUUAAAAAACAUUAUUAUUAUAGGAAAUUUAAUUCUCUACAAAAUUUAUUAAGAACAAUAUCUCAAAAUUAUGCUUUGUUUACGAGAUAUAUUGAAAAAACCAAAAAGGGGGCUUUUGCACCCCUUUCUCCAGUUCGAACCCUCUCAUUUAAUAGAACUCCGCGGUUUUAUCUUUUUUAUAACCCAUUGAACGAUUCCUGCAAUAAAAAACGUGAACAUCUUACUUCCUUUCUGAAAGACAUAAUUAAUAGUCGUAAUUUUGGCGUUGGUGAAAAAAUAGAAGGUUUGGUAAUUUUCAGUUUUCUCAAAAAGUAAAAGAGAUUUUGACUUCUAGUUUUCGGUGUUUGACUCAAAAUAUACAAAAGAAAUUAAAAUAAAAAAAAAAUAAUACUUUAUUGGGUAUAUUUUUUGAACUGUUUGAACUUUUUUUGAAUUUUUUUUCAAAAUUUUGUGUUUGAAAAUUUUUUUUUCAAAAACUAUUGACCAAAAAAAAUGUAUUUAAAAAUCAGCAAGUAGUUUGAGUUUUAAUCUUUAAAAAAAGCUAUCGUUUAUUUUCGUAGGAUUUUCUGUUGUCCUAAAAUAAUUUUUUUUUGAUUUAAGGUCGAUUUCCAAAUUUUAAUUUUUUUUCACCUUCAUGACAAAUUUUACACAUGUUCGCCACGUAUACGGCCAGGCAGACCAGCGGUUUCUUAUAUAAGUCGGUGAAGACUAUAAAUUGGUAUGACUCUGAAUACUAAGCAAUUACCUGCAAACUUUAGGUCGCUGGCUCUCGGUCUAUAAUAUUUUUUCUACUUUAUUUAUAAUAACAGUUUUCUUCUCUGCAUUGUCUCCAGUCAGGGCCCUAGCGUCAGUUGGGGCCCCAAGGCACCGCCCCGCUUGGCCCAAUGGUGUGCACGCUUAUGGCGACCAUUAUUGAGAUGCUUGUGAGUUCCGUUCAGAGCUCUGGACGUUAGAAAAAUUGAUUCUAUUUGAUUAGAAUUGAUGGUAUUUAUAUAUAAAUAAAAACAAAAAUCGUAUUAAGAAAAUAUGUUUCAUUUUGUUGAUAAAUUUGUCUGUUUUGUGGUACCUAAAAAUUAAAUUCAACUUAGGUUUUUGGGUUUUAAACACAUAAGACAUAUAUAUUUUGUUCUUUAGAUACAGUAGAACGUAUUUAUGUCCAACAAAAAUACAUCGCGAAAACAUCGAUGUAUCGAAGAUAGAACCGAUGUUUUUUUAACAUCGAUGUUGUAAAUAAAACAUCGAUGUAUUCAAACUCGAUGUUUUUUUAACGAUGUUGCAUCCCUAACUGAAAAACGAAGGCACCCUUCAAGCAAGAAAACUGAGUUCAACAAAGAAACUCCGACCUCAGACCGCGAAAAUCGGGCUUGCACUCACACACUUGCAACUUUUUGUGUAUGAACACAAAGUCUAAGAGAAUCGUGGUGAAAACUGAGAAAAAGAAAAAAAAAGUAGACAGACAUAGCCAACAACAGCAAAAGCGUCAUUUUGUUAUUUUUUGUUGAAGUGUUUGGUCGCGUCGUGUCUCGUGUCGUUGUUUGUAUAAUGUUAGUUUAUUAAUUAUAAACAAUUUUAUUAAAUUAUAAACAAUAUGGAAAAAAACUCCUAGUCUGUAUGAUUAUAAGAUAUCUCAUCACACUUUACUCCGUGUGCAUAGCUUUAAAGACUUUGGUGUUAACUUUAACUCCAAUCUCGAUUUCACAGAGCACAUAAACCUGAUUGUAAACAAGGCCAAUUCUAUGUUAGGUUUUGUCAAGCGUUGGUCGAAAGAGUUUAGGGACCCUUACGUUACAUUAGCUCUUUACAACUGCUUAGUUCGCCCCCACUUAGAAUACGCAUCUCAAGUUUGGACACCUUUUUACAGCAUCCAUAUAGAAAGAAUAGAAUCAGUCCAACGUAAUUUUAUUCGUUUUGCCUUAAAAGGCUUACCAUGGACGGACCCUUUUAACCUUCCUUCCUAUGAGCAUCGAAUCAACCUACUGCAGAUCCAAACCCUGUCUCAAAGGAGAGUAAAUAACGACCUUGUAUUUAUUCAUCAACUUAUAACGGGUGUAAUUGAUGGCCCGGAUCUGCUUAAUUCUAUUAAUUUUAACUACCGGAGAGGUGCUUAUAACUUUCGUAGCUUAGAUUUAAUAAAAUUACCCCAACACCGUACUAAUUAUGGUAUGCAUGAGCCCUUAACUCGCAUGUGUAAGCUUGUAAAUUUGAAUACUAAUCUGUUUGAUUUUAAUAUUAAUAAAACUAGUCUGAAAAAAAUACUAAAAACCAGUGUACCACGCUCAUAAACUUUUUUUGUAUUUAUGUUUAAUGUUUACUGAUUCUUUUCUCAUUUAAUGUCUAUAUCUAUAUACCUAAUUUUAUGUACAUAUGUAUACUGAGUUAUUUUUUUCUCAACACUCUUGACUAUUAAAACAUUUUUGUUUUAAAAUUUUGACACUUUCUGAAAAUUAAACAUGAAAUAUUAAAUUUAUUUUUUUUUUGUUAACUUAAAAUUUUUUUUUAUUUUGUAUAGAUAUAAUAAAUGCUUGUACUAAGCAGUCCCAAUCUUUGACCUUCCUUUGAUAUUCGUAUCACCAUUCUCUUUACUUAUUUAAUUCUUUUUAAUUUGUUUUUACCUUCAAAAAACACUAAAAAGUGCCGAUACGAUAAUCAUCCGCAAAUGACUUCGUACUCGAUGAAAAUGGACCCCAGCGCGUGCGGUAUCUGGGGGGGGAAAGAGGCGUGGAAAUAUUAAAAAAAAACCAGCAAACAACACCUUCCUUCAUCUGAUGGAUUUAUUUCAAGAUAAACCAUUAUCGAUUCAAGACAAUCCGAGACCACUUACUGAAAAUCAGAAUGUUCAUGACUCAUUGAACGUUCCAUCAUCGACUCAAGCUGAUCCAGAACCCCUAAAUGACUCAUCCCUUCAAGCAAGAAAACGUAGUUCAGAAAAGACACUCCGACCUCCGACCGCGAAAGACAGGGUUGCACUCACACACUUGCAACUUUUUGUAUAUGAACACAAAGUCGAAGGAGAAAUCGUGGUGAAAAAACCAAUACAUAUAAAAUCAGCUCCGCGGUGAUUCUAAUUUACAUACUAAUUUGAGCCGCCUUCGGACCAGUUUCUGCCUCGAAGUCGGACUCAGCUCCGCCUGAGGCGGAGCGGAUUCGGACCGAGGUCAGACUUGUUUGCUUCCCUUUAAGCAAAAAAGUUGUAAGUUUGUGAGUGCAACUCGCGUUUUGAGAUCGGAGUGUCUUUGCUGAGCUCCGUUUUCUUGCUUGAAGGGUGGGAGAGACGUACGAAAGUGUCCCGUCUUGGUAUAGUUUGUCGAUGGAUAAAAUGAUAAAAGUUAGGACAGUAUUUAUUUUGCUUGAUUGAUGUAAAUUAAUAUUAAGAUUUUAAAACAACUACUCUGCUAGCGAGUAAACAUUUGCAAUAAAUAUUUUUUCCGUUUAAUUAUUGUAUUUGAAAAGAAUAAAAUCAAAAUAUUUAGAAACAAAUUGAUGAAAUGUUAAGAAUUAGACUUAAACGAGUUCAUGCCAGAAAGGAGUGGACUUGUUGUUUUGGAUUACAUGUUCAUACCGUCACAAUACUCAUUGGUCUAUGGCACCUGUUUCUAAACUUUCUUGCUCUAAGCUUUUUGGCUGUAAUAUGGCACAAUCCGAAAAUGGUUGAAGAGCUUGAAAACAGUUAUGAUUAUUCUAUUGACUUGAACGCCCCAGCGUUGCCGACACCAUUAAGCAAGAUAGACUCCCCAUAUCCUUAUCGAGAUCACUCAUUAAAUUAUCAAAACUUUGAUAUGGGUGGUUUGGUUUGCCUGUGUAUGAUCACGAUAACAUUAAUGAUGAUAUACGGCACAUUAAAAAGUAAACCUUCCCAGAUAUUACCAUUCUUUUGCUUACAACUUUUCGAUUUCGCCAUAACAACCCUCACGGCAGCUGGCUAUUUAUGUUAUUUGCAAUCCGUACAUCGUCUUAUUGCUGAAAGCCACCGCCUUCCAUGGAGGGAGAAACUUUUGGAACUGUCGCCAAAUUCUCUUAUUUUGCUGGUUUUUGUAACUUUUGUUAGCAUUGUUUUUAUAAAAGCAUACGCAAUUGGAAUUGUAUGGCGUUGCUAUAAAUACUUGACUUUGAGACAACAUACUAUGGGAUCUUUAAUGCCAUGUGUUAUGCAUGAUGUAUCUGCCAAUAUGGAUGUCGGUGAAGCUGCUUACACAACUAUUUUGCCAAACUAUGAUGAGGCAAUCGCCCAGUAUAUUAAACAAGUACCACCACCCUCUUAUCAGGUAGCCAUAUCUAACAUUUACGAGAAUUUUACACAAAAUGAAAGCAAUAAUGCUGUUGGCACACCUGUCAAUGCAUGUAUUUCCAUUUCCCAACUAGAGCCACCCCCUUACAACGCAAAUUUGGUUGAUAAUUCAGAAGCUCUUUCAAUUUCUACUACCUGCAACAAUUUAAAUCAAGCAAUUUAAACAAUAGAAAAAUAGUAAUUGAGACAUUUUAUUAACAUUUAACUAGGGAAAACAGCAUAAGUCCACUAAAACCUAAAUAUAAAUUUGAUUCCAAAUAUAAGUUACUAAUAGCCACGUUUCAUUGGAUGAAGAAAACAAAUAGAAUUAGAAUAUUCAAAACAUUUAUUGCUAGAUCUACCCGUGUUCUUCCAAACAAGUAUAUCGGAAUUGCAUUGAUUCCGUUCAAAGUGCGUUCCCUUAAAAUCGCUUUAAAAGAAUUCAUGAGUCAAAAGGACCGGACCCAUAACCUUAAAAGGUGAAAAUAAUAUAUGGAGGUCUCAUAGCUGUACCGGACCAAAUAAAAAAAAUUAAAAAAAUCAAAUGUAGUACCAAAACUUGCGCAAGGUUUAACUCUAUUAAAAUCAGUCAUAAGUUUGGUCAAAAAGUGUUUCGUUUCAAAUUGUCAUUUUUUGUUCAAUGGUAGCGUAUUUACUUUAACUUCUAAAGGCCCCAACCCAUAGAAUCCGUUGCGUCCGUUCCGCCAAUCCAUCCGUUGAAGUUGAAGUUUGGGACAGAAAGGGGUGACCCAUAGGAUACUUCGUACGACGGCUUGCUUUUUGACAGCUCACUUUAAAUUCCGAGGUGUGUUCGAUAUUUUAUCGCUGAAUGUGCACUAAGGAAGCUCUGAUGCAAGAAAUUUUUAAUAACAGAUUAUCAUUUGUAGAUAUGACUUUGGCAUAGUAAAAUUGAACUCGACAACAGAAUUAUAGUAUUUAAUUGAUAUAAUUUAUUAGAUAUAUCAUUAAAUGUUACUUUUAUUACAUUUUCUUCACAAAUAAACUAUUAAAGUUCACAAUUCAUGAAAUCGGAGAAGAAAAGAACACAGUUCUUAGUUCUGAAAUUCCCCGGUGUGCACUUUAAAACAGAAAAUUGAACAGAUCUAUUGUUGACAACCAAUGUCAAAGCAUACGACGGAUGAAAAAGUAGAAAGUUGGGCAACUUCUUCCGUCGAAUACGUCCGUCUCCGUCCGAUCCGUCGCUUAUGGGUCGCUUCUCAUAAGAACGUGUGUAUUUUAUGGAGCUGUCAGUUGAAAACUUCGACGGAACGGACGCAACGGAUUCUAUGGGUUGGGCCCUUAAUUCACUUUUUGUGACUUGGUUCAAUUCAGCUCUUAGCCCUCCAUAUGUAAAACAGCAAUUUCAGUGGAGUGAAGGAGAAAUAUAUUAAGUUCAGAUGGUUUGCGUUGAAACGGCCAGUAAUUUUCAAAGGUUGGAAUGUCAUCAAUAAAUACUCAAUAAAUACUUGGAGAACUAUAAAAAGGGGACUCGCCGUUUUUCUAUUAGGCUCUUCAAUUUAUUAAUAUAAAUAUAUUGGUAUCAGGAAGUAUGUGUACUCCCAUUUCAUUCAUCGCUCUCCAAUUGCCUUCUGAAAAAUUUUUAAAACUUACCUUUUUUAGUGCUGUUUAAUGCUUAAUAAGUUAUAACCGAAGACGUAAUAAAAUAAUAACAACAUUUUAGUCCGUUGAGUAAAAUAUGGUUUCUUGUGAAGAAAAAAUAUAAAAUAUUUAAUAUUUAUUAAGAAAUAAAAAAAAAAAAAAAAAAAAUUGGGCACCGGUAGGGAUCGAACCUCGGUCUUCCCCGUGUGACGUGUGAGUCGAAUACUCAUCGAAAUAUCUGCACUUGUAUGGUUUUGGUGAUCACUUUAAAGCAGAAACACAAUCACGCUUUGCCGUCGAUUUUGAAAACUGCCAAAGUUUCAACCAUACGAAAUCUGUCUAACCUCUCACAAUGACGCUUUUUCUACGUUCGCUUUUUUUGACAAACGUAACAGGCCGCCUCCACAGUAGAAAUUUUUCUCUAACUCAAUCUACAACAUAACAAUUUUCAUUUUCUUGGCUGGGCAAAUUUUGUUCGGACAUUUCAUUUCAUAUGCCUCGUUCGCCAGAUGAUGAUGUAUGAUUUUUUGCCUACAAAAUUUAUUUUAUAUGCCGUCAAUUUUGUAUAAAUACUUCUUUUUGUCAAUUUUUUUCAGUUUAUACAUGCACUCAUCGACAAACUAUGCAUGUACCUAUAGCUUGGUUUGUUUUUUUCUUUCAUUCUAGGAAAUAAACAAGCUUUAUUUUACAAAAUCAAUUAUAAUACCUGUUAAAUAAAUUUACAAUAAAUAAAUAAAUUCAAAAAGUAUAAUACAAUUUCAUGAAAUCUAAUUCAAUUCAACAUAAAACAUGCAAAAUUCUCAAAGUAAGCCAAUAUAUUUUGUCGUCCGCUACUACGGAGACAACCUUCUUCAUGAGAGGACAAAAAAUAAUGAAAAAACUGCACUUCCAAAAGAAAAAAAACACAUCUGUCAAAUUCAAUGUUAGACAAUCGUGUUCAGACAAAAUCGAAGACACGGUUGUCUAAUGUCGUUUUCUAUUGACGAAUCUCAGAAUGAGAUUUUUGAAUUUGACAGCUGAAAGGGGGGGGGGGGGUGAAGAGGGGAAAUAGUGGACAAAUCUCAGAUUUCAUGAUCUAUUUGCGUCUUGAGAUUCCAAAAAAAAGACAAAAAAAUGAAUCUGAGAUUCAAGAAUCUGAUUCUGGAUUUUUAUCAAGAUUCACGCAUACAAACACACGCACUUUCACACACACUCCUCUGUUUGACAUUUGUCUGAACAUUUGUUGUUGUUUUAUUUUUUUUAUACGCACAGAUUUCGCACACAAUUACAAAACUAGAUUUCAUAUUCUAUUUGCAGUGGAAAAUCUGAGAAUUUUACACAAAAACGACAUUAUGUCGUUUUCUAUUGACUUUUGACCUUUCAGCUGUCAAAUUCACAAAUCUCAUUCUGAGAUUCGUCAAUAGAAAACGACAUAACAUUGAAUCAUAACAAGAAAUGGCGAGCCUCCACAAGACAUUCCUUGUUAAGACACGUCAACAUGACAAAAAUUAUCUCCUGUGGAGGCGGCCUUUAUGGCGAGCCUCCACAAGACAUUCCUUGCUAAGACACGUCAACAUGACAAAAAUUAUCUCCUGUGGAGGCGGUCUUUAAAGAAAGCAAGCAAAAGUUCAACCAGACUCAACUUUUGCUCGCUUUCUGACAGGCCGCCUCCACAAGAGAUAAUUUUUGUCAUGUUGACGUGUCUUAACAAGAAAUGUCUUGUGGAGGCUCGCCAUUUCUUGUUAUGAUUCAAUGUUAGACAACCGUGUCUUCGAUUUUGUCUGAACACGAUUGUCUAACAUUGAAUUUGACAGAUGUGUUUUUUUCUUUUGGAACUGCAGUUUUUUCAUUAUUUUUUGUCCUCUCAUGAAGAAGGUUGUCUCCGUAGUAGCGGACGACAAAAUAUAUUUGUUUGUUUUGCGAAUUUUUGCAUGUUUUAUGUUGAAAUGAAUUAGAUUUCAUGAAAUGGUAUAUACUUUUUGAAUUUAUUUAUUUAUGUUGAAUUUAUUUGAUUUUUAUAAAAAUAAAUUGUUAAUUUUUUGGAAGGCAAAUAAAAAACACACCAAGCAAUGGGUACAUGUAUAAAUUUAAAAAAAUUAAAAAAAAGAAGUAUUCAUACAAAAUUGACCAGUAAAGGCACUAGUAUCCGGACAGUUAAGGUACUUUUGAACUUUGACGUCGAAUAGUUUUAUUGCUGUUCAAGCUAUAGCAAAUAUUUUGGUAUUUUCUUAAAGUUUGGCAUUUUUGUAAUAAUGUUACAUUCACAUAAUUUUUAAAUAAAACAUUUUAAUAUUUAAAAAUAAAAAUAAAAAAAAAAAGUUCGAUUUGCACUAGUGUCCGGACGCAAAAUUUAGUUUCCGGACAAAUUUAUUUCAGUAUCCGGACACGAUAAUUUUGUAUGAAUUUAUGGUUCUUUUUUCUUUUUUAUGAAAUAAAACAUCUUUUGUUUUUGAAAAAAAUAUGAACAUAUAACUUUAAUAUACAAAAAAAUUUAUUAAACAAAUUAAUUGUUGAAAGAAAACUGUUUGGUAGGUACUUUUAAAGAGUAAAAUUGUUUUUAAUAAAAGUUAUCACUAAGAAAUCAACAAAAAGGAUACACUUACAGCUUAUAUUUGUUAAAAGAAUUAAUAAUUCAUUUUAGUUUAAAAAAAAAUCCUAUAAGAACUUUUUUUAUUGGGUACCUACAAAACAAACGAAAAUUAGUUCUUAUAAUAAGGGUAACAAUCCACUUUUCUUUAUAAACUUUUCGUUAAAACAAUUAUAAAUAAGGACGUUUAUGUUAAAACGAGGUUCUUGGGAUGAAAUUGAAACUUCGUUCGGAACCGAAGGAAUUGUCAAAAUUGGUAGGCUUGGAGAUAGAUUGAAGCACGGAACAAAUAUUUCCAGAAUUCAUAUUUACUGAAGGUGACAACAAAAUUUAGGGGUCCUAAUUCCUCAAUAACAUCACAUUGCUUCAUUUGGUGAAAGUGGUGAAAAAUUCAGUUCGGAAGUGCUUGAACUAAAUCCAAUCAUGAAUUAUUGUUAUCUCUCAAACAGAUUAGGGGGGGUUUAAAGACACUAACAUUGACAGCAUGAUGUGAGUUGUGUUCGGUGGCAAUGCGUACAAAAAAACUAGAUUUUUGGAACAAAAUUCACCCAACUUUAGUGUUAAAUGUGACUUAUGUCCAUCACACGAUGUUCCACUUUUUCAUCAAGCAAGCGUUUGUGUCCGCAGUUUGCAACAUAAUUGAAAAAGGUUUCGCUACUCAGCCUAAGGAGGCUACACAGAGAAAAUAACGAAGGGAUAACUUAACUUCUGGUAUAUUUAACUUUAUUUCUGGUAUAUUUAACUUUAUUUCUGGUACAUUUAACUAGUUUCUAAUAUAAUUAACUAUAUUAUGAUUAAAUAAACCAGAAUUAAAGUUUUCCCUGGCGUUAUGUUUUCUCCGUGAUAUAAUUUUGCUAGUCUUUGGAUAGACACAAAAACUGGUUUCAUCGCCAUUUAAUAUCAUACUCGAGUCAUAAAUGGAAAUAUGUUCCUGGUCAAUACUUUUCAAAUAAUUUUAGAGCUAUUCAAACUAUUUUAUAAUGCUCUCUUGUCUAAAAACUGCUGUUCCUUGCCUACUAAUGUUUUCAGCUUCUCUCAAAGCUAGAAUUGGAUUUAUAUAAAUCCUUGUAUCCUCUAUGGUCUUUGAUAUGUUUUUUGAAUUAAUUCCUUAUAAGAUAGCAAGUUUAAAAGUACAAAAACACUUAAAAUUACAUUAAAAACAAGGGUGUCCGGAAACUGAAUCUAGUUUUUCAGUAUCCGGACACACAUAUUUUAACUUAGGAAACCCUGUCGGAAUACUGAAACAUUGAGAGAGAAAUGCAAUUCUUUUGCAUUAAAACCCAAAAUAUGUUCGAAACUACAAUUUAAAAGCCUAAAUAAGCGAUUUUUCCUUUUUCCUUAUAUUUUCAGUAUCCGGACACUGUGUCCGGGAACUAAAAAAAGUCUUAAAUAUUAGUUUUAGUAUCCGGACACUAAAAAAUAUAAUAAUAAAAAAACUUUUUGACUAUUUUAUUAAUAAAUUAUCAAAAUGUAUCAUAUUUACUCAAAACAAACAAUUUCCUUUUAUAAUAAAAUUAAUAAACAUGUCCGAGUUUUCUUAGUUUUUGCAAAUGCUUCCACUAAUUUUUUCUUACAAAAAAUCAUUUUCACAAUCUCAACCCUGAUGUCGGACACUUAACUGAAGUAUAUCUCUUAAACCCGUCAGGUAAUCUGCUUGAAACUUUGCAUUUAUAUGUGAAAUACAUCAGAGAAAGUAUAUUUGUGGUUAUAUUUGAAGUUUUUAGGAUGAUUUACCUAUUAUACGCAAAAAUAUCACAAAGUGUCCGGAUACUAACACUGUCCGGAUACUGGUGCCUUUACCCCAUAUAAAAUAAAUUUUGUCCGCAAAAAAACAUACAUCAUCCUCUGGCGAACGAAGCAUAUGAAAUGAACUGUCCGAACAAAAUUUGCCCAGCCAAGAAAAAAAAAUGGUUAUGUUGUAGAUGUUAGACAUUGAGUUAGAGAAAAAUAUCUCCUGUGGAGGCGGGGUGUGACCAUGGUAUAAAAAGAGAAGGUAUGAUCAUUACAAAAAACUCAGUAUCGAGAAAUGUCAAAACUUAUGGCUACUUAAGGUUUUGACAGCCCAGUCUAUUGAAAUUGUUGUUGUAAACAAAUUUGUCUUGGAAAUUGCUGUUGCUUUUGACUUUGCCAAAUGCCAAACGUCAAAACCUUAUUACCCCAUUUUGUAAGAUGGCGGCUCUAAUGAUCAUAGCUUGUCUUUUUAUACCAUGAGGUGUGACAUUCAUCAAACAUAGUAACAGUCACCCACAUAAUUAUUGGGCCAAAUGUGAAUAAAAAAAAAUAAAUUAUUACAAAACUAGGUGUGUUUUUUUGUUUCUCUAUUUACGUAUUAAAAACAACAAUAAUUUAAUGAUGUUUUAGACAGAGUUUUAAUGUUUGUUCUGUUUAAAAACCAAUUUAUUUUGAUUGGUUUUGUUUUUAUAACUAUAGGAUUAAAGAAUAAACAAAUUUCUUCGUAUUUUUUAAACACAAUAAUAUCCUUCUUCAUUUUUCCAUAUUUAAAUCAAGAUAAAGACUUGGCCCAAUAAUUUGUAAGUGACUGUGUUUUUUUAUGUGACAGCGGAUUUCAUGUUUCAAUCACCUGUUCGAAGUCAAAGUGACAGUAGCGCGCCUUGAGGAUUUCUCAACGUAACGCGACGACGCGUCUGGCAAAGCGUGAUUGCUAAUGCUUUAAGCUACAAAAAAAAUUUGUUUUUGUUGUUUUUUCUUGUUGAAAUUAACUUCAAAUUAAACUACUUGAAAGGAAAUCAUUAAUUCAGAAACAAGCACUUAUUAUUUUUAUUUUGAUUGUACUCAAUUUUAUACUUUCACAAUGUGAUUUUAAUUAUUCAAACCUGUUUUAUGAUGUUCUCUUAGAGAUUCAAUAUAUUUGUAUUUUUUUAAUGUUUAGUAAAAUAUCUUGUAAAAGUACUAUAAAAGAAUUAAAUAAAAAACGCCACUUUCUUCAAAUUGUUAACUUGUAAAGCCUUUUUUUUGUCAUAUGAUUUAAUGUAUAGUCGAAACAUACAAUUUUGCAAUUUUUAAAAGCUUUUCAGGGUGGAAUCGGCUAAGGUGAUUGUUGAUCAUCACAAUAAGUACUUUUGCUCCACGUAAGGUGAUUAUCAAAGUGACGAUCAACUUUUUGUUAUGGACUGUGGGUGACAGGUAUUUAUGUGUCACUUUCUAUUUGUAUUGCAAUCCUCAAAGGCGAACUCCAUUAUAUUAAAAAAUAAUACCAACAUUUUAGUUCGUUGAGUAAAAUAUGGUUUCUUGUGAAGAGAAAAUAUAAAAUAUUUAAUAUUUAUUAAGAAAUAAAUAAAUAAAAAAAAAAACAAAAUUGGUUUUUUUUGGCACCGGUUGGGAUCGAACCUCGGUCUUCCCCAUGUGACGUGUGAGUCGAAUACUCAUCGAAAUCUCUGCACUUGUAUGGUUUUGAUGAUCACUUCAAAGCAGAAACACAAUCACGCUUUGCCGUCGAUUUUGAAAACUGCCAAAGUUUCAACCAUACGAAAUCUGUCUAACCUCUCACAAUGAAGCUUUUUCUACGUUCGCUUUUUUGACAAACGUAAGAAAAAAAAAAAAAAAAAACAAAAUUGUUUUUUUUUGGCACCGGUUGGGAUCGAACCUCGGUCUUCCCCAUGUGACGUGUGAGUCGAAUACUCAUCGAAAUCUCUGCACUUGUAUGGUUUUGAUGAUCACUUUAAAGCAGAAACACAAUCACGCUUUGCCGUCGAUUUUGAAAACUGCCAAAGUUUCAACCAUACGAAAUCUGUCUAACCUCUCACAAUGAAGCUUUUUCUACGUUCGCUUUUUUGACAAACGUAAGAAAGCGAGCAAAAGUUCAACCAGACUCAACUUUUGCUCGCUUUCUGACUUUCAUCAGACAUAGCCUUUCAAGCAAGAAAACGGAGUUCAGAAAAGACACCCCCGACCGAGAAAAACGGGGUUGCACUCACACACUUGCAAACUUUUUGUGUAUGAACACAAAGUCGAAGGAGAAAUCGUGGUGAAAAAACCAAUACAUAUAAAAUCGGCUCCGCGGUUAUUAUAAUUUCCAUACUAAUUUGAGCCGCCUUAGGACCCGUUUCGUAGUCGGAGUGGAACUCAGCUCCGCCUGAGGCAGAGCGGAUUCUGACCGAGGUCGGACUCGUUUGCUUGAAGGGGAGGAUUUCUCAACGUAACGCGACGACGCGUCUGGAAAAGCGUAAUUGUGUGUCUGCUUUUACUAAGAGCAAAGAAUAGGUCUGUUUGGGUACUGCCUAAAACAGAAAUAUUUCUACUUUUUUCAACAUGGCGAUGUGGUUUUUUUCUUGUUUUUUUUUUAUUUAUUUCGUUUAGUGGUGUAAUACUCAAAAAAAAUUAAUAUUUUAUAAACAAAAUAAUAAAAAAAGUGUUUCAAUAACAACAGUUUUUAAUAUUUUUCAUUUCUUGUUUUUCGCUGGCUGAGAAUUAUAGGGUUUUAUGUCAACUCCCCUUUGUUUUUUGAGAAAAUCGAUUUCAAAGUUUUUUAAGGCUGGUUUUUGGAUAAAAUAGUUACAUGGCAGUAAAGUAUUGAUGCAAUCUUAUAAAUGACCCUAAAAAAGUCAUAAAACCAUGAAAAAACAUUAAUUUCACCACAAAAAAGGAUUUUAUAAGCAUUUUAAAAAAAUGACACAGAACCUUUUUAUGAGAAAGUUUGCAAAUUGAUUGAUUAAUUUGCCUUCUAUACAGUAAAAAUUAGAGAUGCCGCGAACAUUCGGCCACUAUUCGGUAUUCGGCCUAUUUUUCUGGUAUUCGGCCGAAUAGUUUAACUAUUCGGCCGAAUACCGAAUACCAAAUGGAGGAGAAAAAAGUCAUAAAUUAUUAUUAGGUGUGUUUUUUAUUACCACCGGGCUUAACUGGACAAAAAAAACGCAUCGGGGCUUAACCUAAAAUCUUGGCAGCACUGUCCAUUGAAUGUUCCGAAAACAGCAGACACAACAAAAACUAAGAGUUGUCAUAUUUUUCGCUUUCGGGUUUUUCUUGUAUUUUUCAUGUUUGUUUGACAAAGAGAUACAAAAAUGUUAACUAGUUAAAUACAUUUUGUCAUUUCGAAAGUCAUUUUUCACGUUUGUUAACAAAUUCUAAACAAUUUAUGAAAAAAUUUCUUUGGUAGCACAGAUUUAAAACUGUUCAAAAAGUUAAGCCCAGAGAAAUCUCCGGGCUAAACAACUAAGCCCAAGGGGCUAAGGUGUUGUUGUAUUUAACAUGUAAAUUGUUUAGCCCAGACUACGUUUUUUUUGUCCAAUUAACACCGGUUGUAAUAAAAAACACACCUAUUAUACCAAAAUGUGUGUUUUAUUAAAAAAUUAUAAUUUUAGUACUUACCUAUAAUCUACUAAAGGCAAGUUGUGGUGAAUGAAAACUAUUUGUUCCGCAUUUGUUGGUAGUAAACGAUUACGUUUAUUUUCGUAGACUAUUCCUGCUUCGAAAAAUAGUCUUUCGCUGUAAACACUUUUCCCAGGAGAAGAAAGGUAGACUUUAGCAAAUGUUGUCAAAAUAUGAAAUUUUGUAGUAUGUGUUGACCACCACUUGUAUGGGUUCGCCGUUCGAUCUUGGCGAACAGGCCUAAUAAGAGUGACCGCAACUCCCAUAGAAAAAAAUUUUUGUCGAAUUUUUUUCGGGGGAACCCCAUAAAAUGUUCUGCCUUUGCAGAUUUUUAGAUAGCCAAAAUUUCAGCUCGAUUGGAUAGGUCUAAAUGGUGCCGACACUCGCUCAAAGUAUCAAAAAUCUCUGUUUUUUCACUGUUUUUCGAAGAAAAUUAGCUCUAGCUCCCAAACAGAUGGGGUUAUUUUCACUUUUUAUAUAUUUUUAUAUAUUAUAUAUUAAAUUAUGUGUUGUUACACAUAAUUCAGACGCUAAAUUUGUUUAGUUUCACUAAAGAAAAAAAAUAUUGUCAUCAAUUUAAAUUUUCAGUACUUACCUCAAAAAGCGCUGAAGUGCAAACUCGAUUUAAAAUGAAACUUUCUAUGUUAUAGAUUGAUGUAAGGUACCUAAUCGAAAUGCUUGUCGUAUAAUAUAUAAAAAUAUACAGGGUGUCCGGUAGAAAAUGGAUAAGCCUGAAAUGGUUGAUAGGUGCACUUUUUACUGUUCUGAAACCGAAUAGAAAAAGUUUCUAUCGCAACCAGUUUAGAAAAUAUUAGCUUUUUUUCGUUCAGUGUACUUUAAAUUUCAUCAUCUUACGUUUUAUUUAACCACAACCACGAAUGAAUGAAUUUUAUAAAUUUCUUAUUUUUAUAAUUUUCUACAACAAUUGGCUCACUACAUAAGAAGUUAAAAAAUUUUAAAACUGUUGCAUCUUUUCUUUAAAAAAUUUUUGAAAUUUGUUUUUCAAUGCAAAAUGUGAAAAAAAAAUUUUUAUGAAAAUUUUCAAACACCUGUGGUAUAAAAAAAAUCCAUAGGAACGUAGGUGGCCAACUUUUUUAAAAAUAUGCACGUCCAAGGAGGAUUGCAGAAUGGUUAAAAUUUUUUAUCAAAUCUAGAGUUACUAGGAAGUUAUUGGUACCAAAGUGCAAAAAUAGCUUAUUAAUUUAAUAAAUUAUUUUAACUGUAAGAUCUUAAGUUUUUCACAUUGCUGCCACAAAUGCAUGGAUUCCAUCAGUUUUUUUAAUCAGUCAUAUUUUACAAUAAUUCUUCUUACACAUAACUAUUAAAAAAGCGUUAUAACCGUUGGACAAUGGCUAUAAAAAAAAUAAUUUAACUUUUUUUUUAAUGCGAGGUAGAAAAAAAUAUUUGUUUGCUCAGUUUGAGCAUGGGAAUGCAAUUGUGCAUCGGGACAGCUUGUUUUGAGUUUUGACUUCUUAAUGAUCUCGUUUUAAAGAAAAAUUGAGAUUUUCGGCCCAAUGCAACCUCAUUAAAAAUGUUGCAAUGUUUUCGAAUUUGUGUUCAAUUCCCAAUCUUAUUGGGCUACGAAAAACGUCCAAUAUUUGUUAGAUGCAAUUUAAUUUACAGUUAAUAUUGUGAGCCACUUCUUAUUUUAUCUUUUAAACUGGUUAUUAGCAAAUUAACAAACAAAUAUUUUUUUCUACUUUGCAUUAAAAAAAAGUUAAAUUAUUUUUUUGUAGCCAUUGUUCAACGGUUCUAACGCUUUUUUAAUAGUUAUGUGUAAGAAGAAUUAUUGUAAAAUAUGACUGAUUAAAAAAACUGAUGGAAUCCAUGCAUUUGUGGCAGCAAUGUGAAAAACUUAAGAUCUUACAGUUAAAAUAAUUUAUUAAAUUAAUAGGCUUUUUUUGCACUUAGGUACUAAUAACUUCCUAGUAACUCUAGGUUUGAUAAAAAAUUUUACCAUUCUGCAAUCCCCCUUGGACGCGCAUAUUUUUAAAAAAGUUGGCCACCUACGUUCCUAUGGAUUUUUUUUAUACCACAGGUGUUUGAAAAUUUUCAUAAAAAUUUUUAUUCACAUUUUGCAUUGAAAAACAAAUUUCAAAAUUUUUUUAAAGAAAAGAUGCAAUAGUUUUAAAAUUUUUUAACUUCUUAUGUAGUGAGCCAAUUGUUGUAGAAAAUUAUAAAAAUAAGAAAUUUAUAAAAUUCAUUCAUUCGUGGUUGUGGUUAAAUAAAACGUAAGAUGAUGAAAUUUAAAGUACACUGAACGAAAAAAAGCUAAUAUUUUCUAAACUGGUUGCGAUAGAAACUUUUUCUAUUCGGUUUCAGAACAGUAAAAAGUGCACCUAUCAACCAUUUCAGGCUUAUCCAUUUUCUACCGGACACCCUGUAUAAUAAUUAUAUCAACAAUAGAAUCACAGAGUAAAAUUGACAAAUUGACAAGACAAACUUCUAGUAGUACUAGUUAUAGAAAAUAGUACUGAUGAAGAGCAGGCAGCAGCUGUGUAUGAAAUGAUGGAACAAUGGGGAGUUUCGAAUGCUGUAAAAGCAAUGUGUUUUGACACCACUGCUUCAAACACUGGAAGAGUGAAAGGAUCUUGCAACAUUUUGCAUUAAAUGUUGGAUGAAGAGUUGCUGUACCUGGCCUGUCGUCACCAUAUUCUUGAAGUUUUGCUAAGAGGUAUUUUUCAUUGUAAGUUGGGUUCAACUGGACCUCAACCAGAUAUUUUUAAAAGGUUUCAAAAUGAAUGGUCAAAAAUAGAUUCAAAAAUAUAUCACACGGGUAUCAGUGAUAAAAAUGUAAAUAAACACCUAACCCCUGAAGUUAUAACCCAGAUAUCAGGUGAAUUAAAGGAAAAACUACAAGAAUGUCAGCCUAGAAAUGAUUAUAAGGAAUUUCUUCAGUUGGUUUUGGUUUUUGUUGGAGUUCUAGAUGGAAGCGUAGUUGGAUUCAGAACACCAGGAGCCACUCAUCAUGCUAGGUGGAUGGCCAAAGCUAUUUAUAGUUUAAAAAUAUUCAUGUUUUGAAGCCAGUUUAAAAUAAGUAACGAGGAACGAAAUUCUCUCGGUGAUAUCUGCGUUUUCAUCGUAAAAAUUUACUGCAAGGCUUGGUUUAAUGCCCGAAGAGCUUAUGUGGCUCCUAAACAAAAUUUUGAUCUUGCAUUGAAUACCGCAAGAUUGACAAAGACAUUUUAGAGAAGACUCUUGCUUAAUUCUCAAACAAUUUAUGGUAUUUGAGUUCAGAGCUGCUAGGUCUGGCGUUCUUUGACCCAACUUUACCAGUCAGUGAGUGCCGAGAAUUGUAUCCUGAUGCUUAUAAAACUACUUUAAGUAAAUCUCUUGAAAUUUUUUUAGUAUUUACUUCAUUAAUUAUGUAUAACAAAUGUAACAAGAUGUUAAAUAUUUUGUUUUUUAAAAAAUCUGUUGGAUGUUUCGUAUUUUUUUAACAGUAAAAAAAAAAUGUCAUUUUAAAUCGAGUUUGCUCUUUUUGAAGUAAGUACUAAAAAUUUAAAUUGAUGACAAUAUCUUUUUUUUUUAGUAAAACUAAACAAAUUAAGCAUCUGAAUUAUGUGUAACAACACUACCCUUAAUUUAAUAUAUAAAAAGUGAAAAUAACCCCAUCUGUUUGGGAGCUAGAGCUAAUUUUCUUCGAAAAACAGUGAAAAAACAGAGAUUUUUGAUACUUUGAGCGAGUGUCGGCACCAUUUAGACUUAAGGCAUAACUACAUACACCACUUUUUGAAAAAGUAAAAAAGUGUAAAGAUUUUUAUUCUAGCUAUCGCAAUUGUUUUUUGAUAAAGAGUGUACAAAUUGUUUUUUAGAGAAAAAAAAUAAGCUUUCUGCAUCAUUUAUUUUAAUUGUUCAUCCCGAAAAACUAUACGGAAAUGCGUUUGAAAAUUUUCACUUUUGUACUUUUUCACUUUUUGAGCCACUGUAGUUAAGGCUUUAUCCAAUCAAGCUGAAAUUUUGGCUAUCUAAAAAUCUGCAAAGGCGGAACAUUUUAUGGGGUUCCCCCUACCAAAUUUCGAAAAUCGAUUUCUUGCGGUCACUCUAGUCCUCAUAUACAAUUCGAUUUUAGAUGUCUACCUUCUUUGCAGUAGUAGGUAGUGUGUUCAGACAUUUAUCUUAAAAGUAGUUCAGUUAUUCAUCGUUACAAUACGAUGUUGUUGGGAUUUUUUUAAGUCACAUCUAUUCUUGAGACAAAGUAUAAAAUUUUUGAAAUUACCAAUGUUUUUUUCUGAGUGUCCUUGGCCGAAUAUUCGGCGGCCGAAUAUUUGGUAUUCGGCCGAGGAGCGUGGCCGAAUAUUCGGUAUUCGGCCAAAUAAAUGAUCGCGGCAUCUCUAGUAAAAAUACAGCCAAUUGCGUUUUAAUUAUUUGCAAGAAUACCACAAACAACAAAUUCGCUUUAAAAAAUUUACUUUUCGUUUUGAUUCUUAUUAUUACACUUACCUACUUCAAGCUUUUAACCCCUUGUAACCCAACAUCGUAAAUUUUAAAAUUAAUAAUGUCAAUCGAAAGAGCUUUAGCUAUAAUAAAACGUGUAUUUUUUAAAAAUUCAAUAAACUCAUUAUUUGCUUAGUUAUUUCGAAAUUUACGCAGUAAAAAAAAAAGUUUAAAUAAUUUAUUUUUGUAUAUAAAUGCAAAAAUUCAAACAAAAAGCUAUCUAAUAUUUAUUUUUAGGCGCAUUCCUAAAAUCCAAAAAUAAAACCCCGUUAGUUUAUGCACGAAAAAUAUUUUUUCUGAAUUUCGUAGUUUUUACAUAAAUUUGCUUGUUUUCCAAAAAAGCCAAACUUUCAACAUUAACUGCCAAUUAAAAACUAUUGGUGCUAUUUAUUAGAAAUAUGGUGCAUUAUUUCGAUAAAGCAAUUCUUAAAGAUUAUGUAAGAAGCUUUAAAAGAAUAAAAAUAUGUUUUUCACAGCUUUUGGGCGAUCUUUUUCGGUUUGUUACAGAAAUGUCACAUGGGGCUACAAGGGGUUAAUAAUUCCAUUAUAAAAGAAGAAUAAAUAACACUGGCCAUAAAUUUGCAACUUUUCAAAAUUUUCCAGAAAGAUUUAUAUUGUAACGAUGAAUUACUGAACUACUUUUAAGAUAAAAGUCUGAACACACUACCUACUACUGCAAAGGUAGAAAUGUGAACGGACCUUUAGUAAUUAAGAAAAUAUCCCACUGAACACAUCUCAAAAUAUCCCACUGAACACAUCUAAAAAUAUCCCACUGAACACAUCUAAAAAUAUCCCACUAGACUGGAAGUAUGAAGUGCCCUUCCUGGAAAGGAAGUUUCGAGAGGCAGGGACGAGAGCCUUCGAGGACGUUCUCGAGUCUCGAGAUUCCGGUAUAAAAGGGCAACGUAGACACCGACCGGAUACAGUUUGAUUUAUAAAGUGAAAGAGUGCAGUACAAAGUGAAAUAAAAUGUUGGAAAUUGUUAGUAGUAAAUAAAGUGAUUUAAAAGUGUGUUUCUUUGAGCGAAUAAUAAAAGUUAAUUGAGUUGAAAUAAAGUGUGUUCUUAUUUGAACGGAAAGAUAAGUGGAAAUUAAAUAAACAAAAAUAAGUUUUAUUUUGAACCCGGAAUAAAACAUUACAAUAUUAAUUUUAUAGAUCAAAUUAUAUUGGUUUCUUCCUAGCAGCUCUAGUUUUUUAAAUUUUUAAUUUUUUCAUAUUUGGGGAAUAUUCAUAGGUAGGUACUAAUUUUUCAGUUUUCCUUAUUUUGAGCGUUUAUUCGAAUUUUCCAGAAAAAUUUAUAUUAACCUUAAUGUAUUAAUAUUAAGGGUCAGUUAAUUUAAAAAUCACAUUCAUUUAUUUCUAGGAGCUCUAUUUUUUGAAAUAUUUAAGUAUUCCACAUUUUGGGGGUAAUUUCGUACUAAUUUUAAAGUUAUGCUUAUUUUAAAUGUUUGUUAAGAUUUUCAAAAAAUUUUUUUGUCGAACCUAUUGCAUUUGGGCUCACUAAAAAAACAUUAAAUUCAGUAAGUAAAAUAAAAAAAAACAAGAAAAAAAUUUUUAACAUAAAAAAAAAUUUAACAAAAAAAUUAUAGUUUUUUGAACAACAACAAAAUCUUGAAGGUGCUACCACCAAGUGUUUAUGGCUAGAGUUACAGUACUAUACCAAUCCGAUCAUCAGACUCGUUUAUUCCUUUAUUGUGUGUGUGCUUAGUCUAGUAAUUUUUUAUUUAAGGGGUAAUAACACCUUGUAAACCAUGAAAUCAAGCGUCAUAUUCAUCAGCGUAUAAAACAAAGAAGAAAUAUUAUUUUCUUUUGGUAUUUGUUUAGUUUAAUUGAGUAUAUUAAUAGGUAACAGAAUAGGCAAAUGUUAAAUUUUUUAAUGAUGUGAAAUUUUUUAAAUGGCGGUGUAGUUCAGCAUGAUAGUAAAAUCCUGUGCUCCCAUCGGGCGACCUACUAACUCCUACAGUUUUUAACCGAUUGGGCUGAAACUUUGUGUGGAGCUUAAAAAUACUAUUCUCUAGUGAAGUACGUAGGAUUUUUUUGAAAUAUUAAUUUUUAAAGAAAUGGCAUUAGUUUGAAAAAAUUAUUUCAUUCCAAAAACAAAAUUCGUUGAAAAAAAGACCAUAAAAUCGUUAAAUUUUAAUAUUUCAAAAAAAUCCUACGUACUUCACUAGAGAAUAGUUAUUGUAAGCUCCACAAUAACUAUUCUCUAGUUCAGCCCAAUCGGUUAAAAACUGUAGGAGUUAGUAGGUCGCCCGAUGGGAGCACAGGAUUUUACUAUCAUGCUGAACUACACCGCCAUUUAAAAAAUUUCACAUCAUUAAAAAAUUUAACAUUAGCCUAUUCUGUUACCUAUUAAUAUACUUAAUUAAACUAAACAAACACCAAAAGAAAAUAAUAUUUCUUCUUUGUUUUAUACGCUGAUGAAUAUGACGCUCGAUUUCAUGGUUUACAAGGUGUUAUUACCCCUUAAUUUGAAAAACUUUUUCCGUCACAAAUUUUCAAAUUAAAUGAAAAAUUACUAGACUAAGCACCACACACAAAUGGAAUAAAGGAUUCUGAUUAUCGGAUUGGUAUCCGUGAAACAGUACUGUAACUCUAUCCAUAAACACUUGGUCUCUUAGCAGAAAUACACAAAGGAGAUGGGAAACUUUAGUACGUUUUACCCCCCAAAACCCAUUUUCCUAAAAUUGUUUUUGUAAUUUGAACCGUGUCUGUGAAUAAAUGUGAAAAGCAACAACAAAGUGAUGAGGUGAAAAACGAGGUGAGUUUCUUUUAUUUUGACAGUUCUAUUUUUUUUUCUCUGAAAUUAAAAUUUUCGAUAAGAAAAGUCUAAGAAUAAGAAGUACAGGAAUGGGUGUACAUUAGGGCGUUCGUUAUUUAGGUUUUUUUCGAGAAUCAAGUUCCUAAGUGGAAAAACUGUUUCUAAAUACAAAAAAAAAAGACCCAUAAAUUUUUCAGAUUUUUAUUUUGACACUAGAUGGCGCCCCAAGAGGGUUAAAGUUUUUUAACAUUUGAAAUAGGUAUGGUAUAGGUAUUUUUUUUAGAUAUAGACUUUAAUCAAAAUUUUUUGAUGAGGUCCUUGUCUACGUUAAACAACGUUUUCAAAAAGGUAUAGAUCAUUUUUCUAGGACCAGGGGUUUAGUCAGGGCAUGCAUGGCUUUGUUGGAUUUUAUAUUAUUUUUCAUGCUACUCAUAUGCUUGUUUUCGUAAAAUAUGCUUGGUUUUAUAAAUCCAAAUGCAUGCCCUGACUAAACCCCUGGUCCUAGAAAAAUGAUCUAUACCUUUUUCUAUACCAUACCUAUUUCAAAUGUUAAAAAACUUUAACCCUCUUGGGGCGCCAUCUAGUGUCAAAAUAAAAAUCUGAAAAAAUUUAUGGGUCGUUUUUUUUUGUAUUUAGAAACAGUUUUUCCACUUAGGAACUUGAUCUAAAAAUAACGAACGCCCUAGUGUACAUAUAUCACUUUUAUAGUGCAGGAUAGCGUCCCUUCAAGCAAGAAAACUGAGUUCAACAAAGAAACUCCGACCUCAGACCGCGAAAAUCGGGGUUGCACUCACACACUUGCAACUUUUUGUGUAUGAACACAAAAGUCGAACGAGAAUCGUGGUGAAAAAUGAGAAAAGGAAAAGAAAGACAAUUGCCUUAAGGCCAACAAGAGCCAAAGCGUCAUUUUGUUAUUUUUUGUUGAAGUGUUUGGUCGCGUCGUGUUUCCCUUCAAGCAAGAAAACUGAGUUCAACAAAGAAACUCAGACCGCGAAAAUCGGGGUUGCACUCACACACUUGCAACUUUUUGUGUAUGAACACAAAAGUCGAACGAGAAUUGUGGUGAAAAAUGAGAAAAGGAAAAGAAAGACAAGGCCAACAAGAGCCAAAGCGUCAUUUUGUUAUUUUUUGUUGAAGUGUUUGGUCGCGUCGUGUCUCGUGUCGUUGUUUGUCAAAUUCUUGAAGUCAAAGAUAAAGUACAUAAUAUUGCUCCAUGUGAUGAUGAAUCGGAUAGUAAAUAGAAUCGGAUAGAAUGUGCAGCAACAAUCUGCACAUUCUCAAAAACCACCCGGCCGAGUGCACCACAUGCAAACCCAAUUUACAUUGGGAAAAAAAACAACCCCUUUACCCGAAGGUACACCAAUGCAUCCGGAUGUGAUGCGAAUGACUGGGAAUCGACAGCAGGUAUUUAAUAACAUUAAUAUAUCUCCUGAUCAUUUAUUUUUAAAUCAAUAUUUUUCUAGAGCAUAACGAAUCAGCAGGAGAUAUCAACAAAGGAAUCCACCGUGUAUUCACUAAUUGGUGGGAAUACUGGACAUCCAAAAGUGCACAAACAACAGCAGCAACAACAAAUAAAAAGAUUUAUUUUAUUUAAUAUUUAUUUUAAUUGUAUUUAUUGUAAUUUCUUGUUCUAAAAAAUAUUAAAAUAAAAAAAAACAAUUUCAGUAAACAAAAUUGAUAAACAGAGUUUUUUGUUUUGCUAGGAAUGUCAAACAUAUUCGAUACUCGAGUAUCGAUCGAUGUCAAAAUGCCGGACGUCAUUUGUUCCGACUUCGGCUCCGAUUUCUCGGAAUGGAGAUUUUCACCACACUAAUACAUAUGCAAUCGACUUCGCGGUGAUUAUAAUUUCCAUACUAAUUUGAGUCGCCUUCGGACCAGUUUCUGAUCUGAAAUCGGACUCAGCUCCGCCUCAGGCGGAGCGGAUUCGGACCGAGGUCGAACCUGUUUGCUUGAAGGGCUCGUGUCGUUGUUUGUCAAAUUCUUGAAGUCAAAGAUAAAGUACAUAAUAUUGCUCCAUGUGAUGAUGAAUCGGAUAGUAAAGCAAAUACAAGUGCUGGCACAACUCUACAUCCACCUAAACGUGAAGAAGUUCUAAAGAAAGUUAAAUAUGAAUAUGGAGGAGUCGAUAUAGAUUCCAUAUUGGCCCAAGAUGGAAUAACAGAUAUCAGAACGAAUUGGAGGUGUAUUAACGAUAAGCAUACCAAGUGAAGAUACGAUAAUUAAAAUUGAUGAAAACUCAAUGCAUAUUGUGUGUGGGGGUAAGCAGUCGAUGAGACUGAAAUUCACUAAGUGGAGGGAAUACUGGACAUCCAAAAGUGCACAAACAACAGGAGCAACAACAGAUAAAAAAUUUUAUUUUAUUUAAUAUUUAUUUUAAUAUUGUAUUUAUUGUAAUUUCUUGUUCUAAAAAACAUUUAAAUAAAAAAAAAACAAUUUCAGUGAACAAAAUUGAUAAACAGAGUUUUUUGUUUUGCUAGAAAUGUCAAACAUAUUCGAUACUCGAGUAUCGAUCGAUGUCGGAUAAAUUUUUUUAAACAUCAAUCGUAACGGUUUUUAUAAGAACUGUUUCUGUUCUUUAGGGAGUUUCACCAUUUCCUACAGGAAUUUUAACAAAGGUCAUAACUACAAAGUUUUAAGAAAAGAGCUUCAAGGUUGAUGCAGACUGAAGGACGGACGGACGAAAUAGGACUAGUCUGGUGCCGCCACCAUUUUUUCAUUUAAUUUUAUUUGUUUUUUUGACAACAUUACUUCGAAAAAUAAAUAAACUAUAACUCGUUUUUCUGAUAUUGGAUUCAAUGA